UCCACGUCACAUGCGCAGGCCGGGCAGCGCGUCUCCUGUGCCUGUGUACACAGCUCGGUUUGCUCAUAGCGGGCUGACCCGGCACCACCUCGCAUCUCCUGCUGAAAGACAUGGCAUCACCGGAGACCGACGAUAACUACGAUUUCGUUUUUAAGAUAGUUUUAGUGGGGGACGUCGGCGUGGGCAAAACUUGCGUUGUCCAGCGAUUCAAGACCGGCAUAUUCAUCGAGAGGCAAGGAAAUACGAUCGGAGUGGACUUUACUAUGAAGACUAUAGAUAUUCAAGGCAAGAGGGUCAAGCUCCAAAUCUGGGACACAGCAGGGCAGGAGCGUUUCCGCACCAUCACACAGAGUUACUACCGCAGCACCAAUGGCGCCAUCAUCGCCUAUGACAUCACCAAGAAGUCAUCCUUCCUCUCUGUGCCUAAGUGGAUGGAGGAUGUGCAGAAGUACGGAAGCUCCAACAUCGUUUCCCUCUUAAUCGGUAAUAAGUCGGAUUUGUCUGAGAUGCGCGAAGUUCCCUUCGAGGACGCUUACACGAUGGCCCAUCAACUGGAGUUUGCCGAUGCCAUAGAGACGUCGGCAAAAGACUCCAGCAAUGUGGAAGAAGCCUUCAAUAAAAUGGCAGCUGAGCUUAUUCUGCGUCACGGAGGGCCGAUAUUCAACGAGAAUGUGACAGACAGCUUCAAGCUGAACAGUAAGGAUGUAGUGUCAGAGGGCUGGGGCUGUGGAUGCUAAUGUUAUCCCAAGAAACUCUAAGAAGUUUCAUGCUACUUCUACGUUCUUUUUUAUUACUGGAGCUCUGGCAAAACAUUGUACCUGGAUGAUACAAUAUCAUUUUGAUUGCAUCAUUGUAUCUGUUUUUGUUGUUUUUGAUGCCAUUGUCAGCAAUACCUUUGCAAGAUAGCAAUAGACAUCUUUGGACCAAAGUAAAAGCUGGUCUAAGGGAAAUGACUAAAUAAUGGUUGCAUUAUCAACCUUUGUGGUCUGGAAAAGCAGUUUCACAGCAGGGAGGGUGCUAGUGGUCAAGAUCCUUUGUUGGACCACACAAUAACGAGAGCAGAAACGGUCCUCUAUCUUAACCUGUAACAUCUUCAUUUGCAGCUGGCAGUGUCCACUGCUAAGUUCUGGAAUAAGGGAACGGGGCAUUUAUAAAAACAGCCUGUGGAGGAAUACAAGCGAAAUAACGAAUGUUAAAGAAAACCAAGUAAACUCACUGUGGCAAAAUCGAGGGAAGCUUCAGACGUGUACAGGAUAGGGGAUGUGUUGGUUUUUUAAUGAAGAAUCAAAAACUGAUAGUGACUGCUCUGUACAUGGUCGUCUUCAAUCAUUUAGUGCCUCAUUGAAAGGUCAGUAGAUGUAUCUUUGAACGUAUGAAAUAGUCUCUUACUUUUUGAAUUUGAACAAUGUAGAAUAACAUUUCCUGUUUGAAAUAAUGCAGUUUUUAGCUGAUGUGUCUGAAUGAAAUACUUUAUUACUAGAUGAAUAGAGAAAUGCGUUUCACUUAAAAUCAUUCCUGUCGGCUAAUGGCAGCUGAUGAUCUUUCUAAUGAACAUUUCCCAUCAUUCCGUUGAAUGGGCAUAAUGGAUCCACGUUCCCAAUAUGACCGCAUUUUAGGGGGAUUCGGGAACACGAUCAAAUGCCUUUGAAGUGACUUGUAGUUGGGAAGAGCACCCUCCAGUGUUACCUUUUGUGAGAAUGCCGUUACUGAGGUCCCUACGGAGAAGCGCCCAGCUGUGGGUGAGGAAGCAGAACGAGACCAACCCACCAGCAGAGCUGGAGGGAACGCGGAAACUCGCGUCUCUCAGCUCCGGUUUCACGUCUCAGCUCCCCCUGGUGUUUGGGUUGAUGCCUGGACGUUUAAAACUCGCUGCCAAGAUGCUAAUCUUUUAAUAUAUUUUCUUUGUCUUGAGCAAUUGUCGUCAUUACAGCAAGGCGAUUGCAUAAUGUUAAUCAUUAUUAUUAUCAUUGUUUUAUUAAUAUGUGCAAUGAAGGUUCCACUCGAACCUGUCAGAAGACAAGAGGUCUGGGGGUGUCGUCGUCUGUUGGUUUGGUAAUUUGUCCUGACUACUGGAGUUGUGAGUAUUCAUACCACACCGGAUUUAUUCCGUGAAUCGGUAUGAGCAGUGCCUGGAUACAGCAGUGGUAUCGUGUUACAUGACCAAUACUGAGCUGUACCUCAAAGUUUGCAGAAAAUGCAUUUUAAGGAAUUCUUUUUAAGGCAUAUUAUGCAUUGUGACAUUUAUUUUUCCUAAAGGACCUUACUGAGGAAAAAUCCCACUGAUUUCUGUUUAAAUUGUCUUUUGGGGUUAAGGCCCAGGAUUCUUUCUGCGUGACAUGAGGUACUUUCCAUAUUCAGGGACUUGAAACGGAGUACUAGUCUAUUAGUACACUGUCCUACUUAGACUUUUUUUGUACUUUCCAUGAGAAGGUAAAUGAUCUGUAGCCUUAUUAAUAAUUUUAAAAAUUCAAAUUUUAGCAGGAAAUAUUUUAUCUGUAAUUUACACAUAGUGAUAUUGGAUAUCCUUAUUUUUCUCACUUGAUGUCUAUUUUGUUUGCUAGAUUGUCAGAUUUGCGGGACAUUUUGAUAUCGUAUGCAUUGAUUUUCAAAAAAAAUUGAAUUUACUUGAAAAUAAUGUAGUUUUGUAUUAAGGAUUGAUUAUAUAUUGUGUAUUUCAUAUUUCUAUACCGAGUGCCUUUGAAAUGUUAUAUCAAUCAGGAGCAGGGAUUAGUUGUGGUUUAUAAGGUUAUAAACCUUAUACUGGUUGUUUGAGUAAUUGCAUUUGUUUAAAACAAAUCCAGUUCAUUUUAAUUUUUUAUUCUGAGCAUAUGAGUA